AUGAAAUUAGCAUGGGAAGAAUGCGCCUAUGGGCAAGCAGCUUUGGACUCUGGCUGGCCGCGCCGGGAGUGUCUAAUCAUCUUAUCCAGCCGGCCAAUUUCUAUCGCGGUAUGUACUUUGUGGCCAGGCCAAGUGGGGGCCACUAACAUUUCGUCUGCCGUUUGCUACACACAUACGUGUCAAGAGGCAAAAGCAACUCAAAGGCAUCUAGGCGACCGAAAUUCCAACACGCGAACAGGGCGCUGCAUACCAACAUCGACCACUAUACAGCGACCGGACUCGCUAGGUGUUGUUGAAUUUGAUACUAGCAUUCUUAGAAGCUUCGUGGUGACCUCCCUAGCAAUGCGCGAUUGGGGUCUGGCCCCUCCUAGCGGCAGGAUGCUAAAUUUGUCAGUAUUGUUACCUGCCACAACGAAUGUCCGUGAUCUAUCGAGUCGCAUUCCAUUAGAGGAGUCACCUACGGGGGAAGAAGGGGGGGGGAGGAAGAGGAGCCAAAAGGAAGGCACAACGAAUCAGCAGACGCAUGAGCAAGAAGUUGGCCAUUGGCGAGGUGUUACAGGAUGGAGCAAACUAAACCAAAUGGACCAUUCGUUUCCAGGACCAAGAUCAGGAUUCCUCGAUUUCUUUUUCCGCUCUCCGUUACCGUGGGCCAAUCGCCCCCCCCUCGAAGUUAAUUAA